AUUAAUUGCCAGCUGUUGCAAGUUGUUUUCGUAUUAUUCUCAAUGAUUGUAAAUAAAGUGUGAUUUUAUUUAAUCAAGUGACUUGCCACUUUGUGGUUAACUAAUUUAAUCUGUUAGUGUGAGUUUACUACUGUAUGAACAAGACUAGAUUAUUGCACAAGUUAUCUAUAGUUAUGAAUAAAUUCUUUUAUUUCGGUUAUGGGAGCAAUAUGCUGGCUGCUCGAAUGCAUAUUCGGAAUCCCUCAGCAAGACGAAUUGGAGUUGGCAAACUAAAGGAUUACCGACUUGAUUUUCAUUACGACGGAAAAGAUAAUUCCUGGAAUGGCGCGCCGGCGACUAUUGUACCCAUGAAGGGAGCCCAGGUCUUUGGAACUAUUUGGGAGGUUGAUCAAUGUCACCUGAAGUCUUUGGACGAACAGGAAGGUGUUUCCUAUGGCAUCUAUGCACCGAUAAAUGUUACUGUGGAUUCACUUAAUGACAAGCGGAAUAUUGAAUGCCGAGUUUACCAUCUAUGUGAUCAACCAAAGACGGAUGUCCAUGGAUUGAAUUGCAAUGAGGAGGCCUCUUUUUGCCGGUUACCAUCGACAACAUAUCUCAAGGUAAUAGUCAAGGGCGCCGAGGAGACUGGAUUGCCCAGUGAAUACAUCAAAUGGCUUAAACAAAUCAGACACAAUGAUAACCAUGUUCAUGAAAUGGAGUCCAAAUUAGAACUGGCAGAAGUGAAACUUGCUGAAGCGAUAAGCAAAGUAUCUUGUGAUAGAUUAACAUUCAAUUCAGUUAAAGGUUAACCCCUUUAUUUCCUGAUAAAUACAUUCAGCUUCUAUUAUUGGAAUUACAAUUGUUUUGGUAACCUUUCUAUAUAAAGAAUUCCCCGCCUACUAGAAUCACACCUAACACUCAACCUCAAAAAGCAUUUAGAAAUACAAAUUAUGAACACCUUUUCUGCAACUUUGAACCAAUGAACCCAUAAAUAUUCAAGCCUAAGAAUAUAACACAACUACAUUCAAUUAAAAAUAAUUGAAACAUGUAAUAAUGUACAUAAUGUCAAUAGUAAAUAUAGGCCAAUUAUCUAAAAUAUAAUAUAUUUUAUACAAUGCACAUAAAAAUAAAA